GCAGACUUCUGAUGGAAGGGUGAGGAGCGAAAGCGCGUAGACGAAGCAAAACUUCGAGCGACGUCAACACAUUCGCCUCGGCCGCACCUUUUCCAUUUGUACAUUCUCCUAUCGACAUAGAUACACACACCCACCCACCCGCACUCACACACACACGCACACACACACACACACAGACAUCCGAUCGCGAGUAGAACUUUUAUCACUUUAUAGAGCAAGUUAUAUUUGUAUAUACCGGGGUGUUUUGAAACACACAGCAUUCAUGACGCAUUCUCCUGACCCUGAUGAGCUCCACUGGACUCACCUGACACGCCGAUGGCUGUCGUUGUACAACGCGUGCUGCCACGCCGUGGAGGAAGAAGAGAUGCACCCCGGCGUGGUGAGCCGUGUCAUCCCCGCCAUUGAGGCAAUCACCACAUCCCCGGCCUCGCCUCCUUCUCCUUCUACUGACUCGGGCGUGUCCUCCUCAGGGGUGGCACUCGAUUUAUCGCGGCUGUGCAUGACGAUGUCAGAGUGGGCGGCGGCACUGCGCAGUGUCGCGCAGGUGUUGCCGUUGCGGCGACUCGUGCUGCGUGACACCAACGUCGGCGACGCUGGACUGCGGACCCUCGCAAAUGAAUUAGCGACGUUAAGCGCCUCAACGAACAGCUACCUUUCACGUGUCAGGCCUACCCUGUCAACGCACCUCACUUUACCCUCGUCUUUCACGCUCGAGGUGCUGAACUUGAGCGGCACCGGCUUGACAGACGCGCGUCCACUCUCUCUUCUUGUGUCUGCGUGUCCUCGUCUUCACACCAUGAACCUCUCGUACAACCAUCUCGGUUCCUCGCCCACCGGCCUCGCCCUUCUGUGCACGGCGCUGCAGCUGCACCCUCGCAUCGUGGCGGUGGACUUGAGCCAUAAUUGCAUUCAAGGGACACGAGGCGGCGUUGUAAUGGCCGGAUUCGCCGAGCUGGUCGUUGCGCGAUCUGUGAAGCUCUCCGAUGUCCCAUCCGGUGCGAGCGCCGCAGUGCCGUUGCGUUCAUUGGAUCUCUCCCACAACCUGCUCGGCUGUUACUACCUUACACGAGGGAGCACAAACGUUGUGGACGUGUUCUCUGAUCUGACGCUGGGCGAGUCCCACUUGAAGCACGUCAGUGAUGACCAGUAUUUGCCGCGCGACGGCAUCGACGACGCCGGCACACGCCAUCUUCGUGCUGAUGAUUGUGGUGGUUUUCACGGGGGUGUCCGCGUGGAAGCGGUAACGGCCUUCCCGUUGGUUACCGCGCUUUACCUCAACAACUCCCUGCAGUCGCUGGACCUCCGUGGCAACGGACUGCCCGAUGCGCUGAUGGCGUACGUGGAGGCGAAGCUGCACGUCAACCGGCGAACUUCCAAGCAGAUGGGGUUGAUGAUGGCCGCAGAUGACCCCGCGGAACACCCGCCGCGCCUUUUAUCCGCAGAGCGAGUCGACGAGGUUCUUCGCGCAAACUUGCAGCGCGGGCUUCGACAGGUUUGCGGCGGAACUGCACCGCAAGCCGACGCCUCCGCCCACCCCGCUGAAGCUACGGACAGAGCUGGAGACGGGAGGAAGGAGGAAGGCGAGGAUGAUGAGGCGUUAUCGACAAAGGCGAAGACUACCGUACCGCUCGCGCCUUCUCACGGUGCCCUGUGGUCAACGACGGAGGUGAACGAACUUCUCCAGAGCGUUGUGCAGUCGAUUGCAGCAGAACUAUCGCUGAUGUGA